UGACCAAGCCGCAUAUCGCUCCACAAUUCUCGAUAAAAAUAAAAAAAAUAUCAUAAAAAAUUAUGGCAACAACUUUUAAGAAACCAGACAUUGCCGAGUCGGAUGGGAUUGUCCUCUACUGCUAUCCCCACAAUUAUUAUUCCCAAAAGGCCCUCAUUGCGUUGCACGAGAAACACUUGGAGUUUCAGGUUUACACGUUGGAUGUGGCGAAUGGCGAGCAAUUUUCCGAAUGGUUCAUCGAGAUGAGUCCCCGUGGAGAUAUUCCCGUUUUGCAGGAUGGAUUGUUCAUUAUUCCUGAAACUACGAAGAUUUUGUAUUAUUUGGAUCAUCGAUAUAAGGUUUCAGAAAACCUUCUUCAAAACGGAGGCUCAGAAGCUCACAAAUUCUCAACUCUGUCAGCUGAAAAAGAAGAAAAUUACCGCACCAGAUUAGACAAGAUGCCAGUUGGGGCUUUGACAAUUGGCUGCUUUUUGCACGAUAAAUACUGCACGAAAAUCAAGCCACCAUAUUUGGGUCCCGUUAGAGAUGCUCUUCUCGCUGCCGACGCUCAACUCGUAACGGAAUUAACGAAUUUGGCGAUUUACAAGCCCGAGUUGCAUGAUUUUUUCCAACGAAAAAUCAGUAAAUUGCAACGAAGACGCCACGUUUUGAUGGAUGAGGAAAAUUUUAAAAUAAUUUUGAACAGUAUCGAUUCUUUGCUGGGGGAUAUUGAAAAGGAUUUGAGAGGAAAUCCUUGGAUUUGUGGUGCACAUUUGACGUUUUUAGACAUAAGCUUGGGAUUAUUUCUGCAAAGAAUUCACAUGCUUGGACUAGAAGAAUAUUUUUGGGGCAAAGAUAAGAACCGUCCGCGACUGGAACAGUAUUUCACGCGUUUUAUGGAGCGCGAUUCCGUUAAAAAAUCCAUUCCAUCAUCGAUUUCUACCAUGAAAGCUAUCUGGGGAACCAUUCCCUCGUCUUAUAAAUAUGCUGUACUUGCCGUUGGAGUUUCUUCUGUUGCACUUGCGAGUAGUGUUAUGCUCAAAUAAUUAUUUUUCGAAUAAAUUUCGUGUUCCUUUAACCUUAA